UAGGCAAGCAGGUAUUUUUUAAGUUUGGUAGGCAUUCCUAUAGACAGGCAGACAAAUGGACAGAUACACAGGAAUCUUGGCAGGCAGACAGGAAAACAACUUGUCAUGUUGUAAGGUUCUCCAGAGCUGUGAGUUGUUUUGUGAAUGGAUGCAUCUGAUGGGGAUUAAUCUAUGAUUGUUGUGAUUCUCUUUCCAGCUGAGUGUGGGAAUUCAGUCACGGGCACUCAGGGUACUUUGCUGUCCCCCAACUUUCCAGUGAACUACAAUAACAAUCAUGAGUGCAUCUACUCCAUCCAGACCCAGCCAGGGAAGGGGAUUCAGCUGAAAGCCAGGGCAUUUGAACUCUCUGAAGGAGAUGUCCUCAAGGUUUAUGAUGGCAACAACAACUCUGCCCGUUUGCUGGGGGUAUUCAGCCGCUCUGAGAUGAUGGGGGUGACUUUGAACAGCACAUCCAGCAGUCUGUGGCUUGACUUCAUCACGGAUACUGAAAACACCAGCAAGGGCUUUGAACUGCAGUUUUCCA